UGGCAGCGGGACGAGGAGGAGCCAAUGGUGAACUGCUAUGCCACAUCGCACAACACAGAGCCAUCUACGGUCACGGUGAUAACGGUUUAAUAAGGCCCUGUGGCCAUGGCUAAAGACCCGUUAGCCGAGGCAGGCUUUUAUUUUGACGAACUCAACAAGCUGCGGGUACUGGAGCCUGAUGUCAGCCAGAAAACCUCCGAGCUCAAGGAAGAGUGUAAAGAGUUUGUGGACAAAAUCGGCCAGUUUCAGAAGAUAGUAGGCGGUCUUAUUGAGCUGGUGGAUGAAUUGGCAAAAGAAGCGGAGACAGAAAAGAUGAAGGCUAUUGGAGCCAGAAACCUGCUGAAGUCAGUGGCAAAGCAAAGAGAAGCUCAACAGCAGCAGCUGCAGGCUCUCAUAGCCGAGAAAAAGAUGCAACUCGAGAGAUAUCGUAUCGAGUACGAAGCUCUGUCCAAAGUGGAGUCGGAGCAGAACGAGUUCAUCGACCAGUUCAUCCUGCAGAAGUGACCAUGUGACUCCACGUUUCCACAGUGCCUGUCCGGUUAUCUCUGGGUGAUGGUGCCCACUUCAGAGAAUAACUCUGCUGCAACUGUUUUUCUGAAGCAAUCCCAAAGCUCCAACACCACUCUGAAACAUCUCCUCCUCCCUGACAUGCAUGUGUGUGAAGCAGGUGUGAUGAUGUAAGCUUGAAUAUUUAUUGGAGCGGUAAGUGUUCACACCAAAUGUCUCGACAUCUCAAACCAACAUGAAAGAACACAGAGCUAUUUAUACAAAGAAAAAUAAUUUAUACUGAAGAAUUAUUCUAUAUAUCGAGAUGAACUCAUUUUUGUAUCAAUUUAAAUAUGGCAUGUGCAUGCAUCUGUAAAUAUGUUUAAUUUCAUAUUGUGUUUUGUGAUGUUCUUUUUCUGGUACAGCCAGUCAUGGGCACAGCACAUGAGAAAUACAUCGCCCUCUUUUUCUAAUUCUUAAUUUCUAUGUGUGUCUUUCAUGUAUUCAAUUAGAUGACGAAGGGUUAUACUUGAAUAAGUACUGUAUUAUAUUAGACAACAAAAGGUGUCAUCAUUUGUGCUGUCAACACGUACAUCUUAGGGUCUUGCUAUUAUGUUUUGUUUCAAUAAAAUGAGUUGAUAUCCUU